AUGGAACAAGCAUCAGAGAAUCUCGAUGAAAAGUACUUACAAAUGCCCGACAAGCGCCACCAGGACCUCGUCAACUCGCUCGACGAGCUUUUUCAGUAUGUCCCGAACGGCGAGGAAGCACACGAUCUGCCAGAAUAUGGCCCUCAUCAUGGCCUUUCCAUGAGUUUCGCCGAUUUUUAA